UGUGAUGUUCACAAUUGCUCAAUCUUUUAAAUUGCCUUCAUUUCCAAUCCUCCUAAACUUUUAAAGAUAUUUGCUAAUGGUCCUACAAGUUACAAAAAAUGAUUGAGUUGCCUUGGAUUUUGUAAUUUUGAGGUGAAUGGAGCAUGGUGUGUACUAAAUAAAAUCACUGAGUCACGUGCAGUUUGCAUGCAUACAUAUUCUUAUACAUUCCUAUUUCCAUAUGAGAACUGGUUCACUAUUCCUUUCAUUUUUUCUUUUGCCACUUGUGAAGUUUCUUAGGAAGGAUGACCUUGUUUUGCUUGUUUUUCAUUAUUUUAAAGGUCUCUGGGGAACAAGACUCAUGGAAGAGAGCAACACUAACCGAGAGAAAUACCUUAAAAGCGUAUUACGGGAACUGGUCACUUACCUCCUUUUCCUCAUAGUCUUGUGCAUCUUGACCUAUGGCAUGAUGAGCUCCAAUGUGUACUACUACACACGGACAUUGUCACAGCUUUUCAUAGACACCCCAGUGUCUAAAACAGAGAAAACUAACUUUAGAACUCUUUCUUCGAUGGAGGACUUCUGGAAGUUCACAGAAGGCUCCUUCCUGGAUGGGCUGUACUGGAAGGCACAGAAAAGCAACCACACGCAGGCUGACAACCAGACCUUCAUUUUCUACGAGAACCUGCUGCUAGGAGUGCCUCGUCUGCGCCAGCUCAGGGUCAGAAACGGAUCCUGCUCCAUCCCUCAGGACUUGAGAAAUGAAAUUAGAGAGUGCUAUGACGUCUACUCUGUGAGGAGUGAGGACAGGGCUCCAUUUGGACCUCGAAAUGGAACGGCGUAAGGAUCUGCGAUGCAUGUCCAGUGAUAGCAUCUGUGGUUUGGGUCAAGCUGACCCUUUCUCCUUGUUUUCUCUCAUCUUCUUUCUCGUCUCCUUUUGGUUUCUAAAUGCACAUUUCACAAUGACUGAGCUGUCCAGCAUAUAACCCAAGAAAAAGAAGUGAUUCCAGCCUUGAGAGCUUUCAGGAUGCUCAGUAUUAUUUCUUUAGGACAAACAGGAUUGUCCCCUAACUCACUUUAGUAGUUCUUGCAAAUACAUGUUUUCAGAAUGUAAUUCUUUAAAGUGCAAACUUAGGGGUACUGAAGAGAUGUCUCAGUGGUUAAGAGCACACAUGUUGUGCUUGCAGGGGAUGGUUUGGAUCCCAGCACUCCUCCCAGGAGGCUCACAACCACCGGUACCUCCAGUUUCAGGGAAUGAUCUUGUGUCCUCUUUUGGCCUCUGUGCAUGUGACA